AUGGCACAAUCACAAUUCCUGAUAGAGACUCAAGUUAAAAGUUCACUUAAUUUUUCACUUACCACUGCAGUAAGUAAUCUACAAAGAAAUUUACUUAUGGCUCGUGAGAUGACUUUAGCCAAUGGUUUGAUAUCAGGUUUAGCUACGAAUUAUUAUGUUGCCUAUCCUGGUCAAGUAACUUCGUCAAAAGCUAUGGGUAUUAUUGCGAAUGUUUUUGAAGAUGGAUGUUCUUGUUCGAAUGCUGGCGGUUGUCUUCGACCCGCUAUCAUCUCUGGAUCUAUCAAUGAAAAAACAAUAAAUUCAACAAAAGUACCAGGUAUAAUGUUCAAUUGUUUACCAAUGGAUGGUACACUUGCUUCAACAUUUGAAUGUUAUUAUGAUACAGAUUGUCUAUCUUUAAUUCAACAAUAUCUAUCAAUCAAUGACACAUUACAACCAUUGAAUGUAUCAAGCCGUUUCUUUUACAAUGUUACUAUAAAAACAUUGGUUGAUGAAUUAAUGAUUGAAAAUUUAACAGUGAAACCUUUAUUUUCUCUUUAUUAUAAUGUAUGCCAUCCGAAUUAUUGCACUUAUUCAUUUUCACGUCGAUUUGAUAUAAUAUAUACUAUUACAUUAAUAUUCACUGCUGUCGGUGGAAUUUCAGCUGCGUUACGAUUUAUCAGUUUGUUGAUCAUUAAGGUUUUAUGUAAAAUACGACAAAGAUCAAUUCGUCCUAACAAUGAACAAUCGUUUGUUUGUCAUCCUCGAAUAUUAGGUAUUCGACUCUGUACAUUACUCAAUAAGGCUAAAGAUUUACUUAUUAAUCUAAACCUUUUCAAAAGUUUAUCUCGUGAUCCUGAAGUUAUACAUCGACAAUGUAUCAUUACACGUAUAUUUAUUGUCUGCCUUGGAACAAGUCUUAUUAUAUUCAGUUUCUAUACAUUUCUCUCUAUUCAAACAAAGGCCAUUACAAUUCCUAAUCCAUCAAGAACAGAUUAUGAAUAUCUAUCAGAAUUAUAUCCUGAUACUCUACAAUGUUCAUGUUCACAAAUUGCUAUUUCAUAUUCUUCUUUCAUGAAAAUGGUGCACACAUUUCAUCAACUUUGUUCAAGUCGACUUACUUCAUCUGAUUGGUAUAAUCGUCUAUAUAAAUCGAAUGACACCGUUGGAUACAAUCGUAAUAGAUUUAGUUAUACCUUUGCUUCUCAAUACUUUCAAGCACUUGAUGCAUGUUGUUCAUUAUCAGAAAAUACGAUUAAUAAUGCGUACCGGUUAUUUUCAGCGAAUAUGUUUGUUAGCAAUCGUGUACUAUCGGAAAGAAUUUUUUCUAAACAAAUGAACGCUGCCAUUGAUACAUUUAAAAUAGCAACACGUGCAGAAUUCAGUCGUAUCUUCGCAUUUUUUCGUAAUAAUACUCAAACAGGUCAAUUUUCUACUCGAACAAAUUCGAAUAUGCAAUUUUCACUCACUCCGAAUGGUGGAGUAUUAAUGACGAUCGCUACCCUUCCGGUUAUGUCAUCAGACUUGCCGGCUGGUUAUCUUUUUAUUUGUUCUUGUUUGAGUCAAAGUAAUAGAUGUGGUACGCAAGCAUUUGUUUAUGGUUCAUCAGCAGGACUUAGUACUAUUUAUCUUAAAGAUCUAAUAAUUAGAUGUCUACCAACAGAAACAGCAAUUAAAUCAACACUCGAAUGUUGGUAUGAUCCUAUUUGUUAUGACAUCGUAUAUAAAUCGUUUCUUAUAAACGGAGUCGAUUUAAACAACAGUAUACCACUCAAUGCUAAUCUUACAAGCCGAUUCUCGAUCAAUGCGUCUGUUCAAAUGAUCGUCGAUGAACUUUUACUUGAAAACUGGACUUUGAGUGCUUCAUACGAUGAUUUUUACAAACAAUGUGCGCCUACAUCAUGUAUAUAUACAAUUCAACAACGUUUCGAUUGGUUCCUUGUCUUCAUUAAUCUUUUAGGUAUUUACAGUGGUUUGAGUAGAGGUCUUCGAUUGAUUCUUCCAAUAAUCAUUCACUUAUUCUUAAUUAUUAUCCGAUCAAUUCGCGCGCGAAAUCAUCGUACAAAACCUUCAACAUCCAAUAGUCAAGAAAUUCAAUUUCAUAACAUUCCGGCCUCAAGAUUAUCUUGGCUUAGCAAAAUAAAACAAUAUCUAUGUACAUUGAAUCUUUUUCAACGCCCAUCAAGUACAACAGAAACUUAUCCACAAGAAAUCAUAUCAACACGUCUCUAUCUCAUAUUAUUGAUUAGUAUUACAAUCAUACUUGUCUUAUAUACAGGUCUUAUCGAACAAACUAAAAGUAAAACUAUUUCUUUUCCAUCACAAUUUACCUAUGAACAACUUCAACGUCAUUAUGCUAGUACUCUUCAAUGUCCGUGCUCGAACAUAUCCAUACUAUACAACAAUUUCGUCGUUAAUAUCAAUGUCACAUACCAUCCUAUCUGUUCUAGUGGUUUCAUUACUGAUAAAUGGAUAAAUUUCUUCGGUCUUUACGUACUAAAUAGCGCAUGGUGGCUUCAAAAUAUUGAUUUUCGUGCCUGGGGCAUAAUAUAUUUUCGAUUACUUCAAUCACUUUGUUCAUUAGCUGAUUCAACUGUAGCCGACGGUAUCGGACAAUUUUAUGCUAGUGCAUUUAUAUCCACUACAGCAAUGUCUACGUCACAAUUUCAAGUACAGAUCGAUGGUACUCUGGAACUAUUUCAGAAUUCUAUUUUAACUUUAUUUACUCGUCCAUUAGAAAUGUUUCGUGCUAUUGCACAAGGUAAUGCACUCAUAUCUACAUUAGGUAGCAAUUGGAAACCAAUAGUUGGUCGUAAUAGUAUUGGAAGUUCUCUUGUAAAUGUUCCGGUAAUAUAUAAUAAUCAAUCGUGUUCAUGUGCUACAACAAGUUCUUGUUUUGACUCAGCUGGUUUCUACAAUAACAGUCAUACUAAAUUAUAUACUAUCAAAGGUAUCGUACUCGGUUGUCUCUGUUUGGAAUCGAUACUUUUGUCGUCUUUAUCCUGCUUUUAUUCGAAUUCAUGUAUAUUUGAAAUGAUUAAUGCGACUCUGCUUGGUAAUCCAAGUAAACCAACAAAACUGCCUAAUUUUAAUUACUCAAUUAUACCACCAUUGAAACUUUCAUCUUUAAAUUCGACAUAUCAAACUGAUGACACAAUUGAAACUCUUGUUUCUCGUUUGUUUGUUGAUACUUGGUUGAGUGAAACGUCAUAUGAACGAUAUUACAAUGCAUGUACGCCUAUUUAUUGUAUUUAUUCAUAUGAACGUCGAUUAAAUGUACUCUAUGCUUUAACAAUAUUUCUAGGUGUUUUUAGUGGACUUUCCCUAGGACUUCGUUUUAUUAUUCCACGUAUUGUUAAUCUGUUGUACAAAUGUUGUAUUCGUUGUAGAAAUUCAAAAACACGACCACAAUAG